AGCUUCUUCUCGCUUCAAUUAAACGUCGUCGUGUCGAUCGGAAUCUUGUAUUUCCUCCGAAAAACGUCGUCGUGUCGUUCGAGCAGUUAAGUUAACCUAGAGAAGUUUCGUUCUUUUAGCUUUCUUCACUAGGAACAGUUUUGGGUUCAAGGAUGGCAAAUAGAUUCUCAGCUCAGCUCUUCGUAAGCAGGUUAUCUGCUUACACUACUGAUCAAUCUCUGAGGCAAUUGUUUUCUCCUUUUGGUCAAAUCAAAGAAGCUCGGCUUAUUAGAGACCCAGAAACGCAGAGACCAAAAGGGUUCGGCUUUAUCACAUUCGAGUCUGAAGAUGAUGCUCGAAAGGCCUUGAAAAGCUUAGAUGGCAAGAUUGUAGAUGGUAGACUAAUAUUUGUUGAAGUUGCCAAGAAGGCAGAGGAAGUGACAACGGAUAUUAACAGUGAGAAAGCCGAUGAUGAACGCCGUCUUGUUUGUAGAAGAAUCCUUGAAAACAGUAUACGUUCGCAUUUGAGGUGAUCUGGGCCUGAUUUAAUUAAUGGGCUUAAGUAUAAUAAGCGGUGAGGCUAGGGUCACAUGCCGGUGGGAAAGCUGUCGCACAAAGCAAACUCCGAAAUAUCCGCGUGUCUGUAUCUUGAUUGGCUCCUCUCAGCUGCUUCCCAUCACCGCUAUAAUGAAAGUUGAGCGUCAAAGUGGAGGAGCCAACCGAGAGAGGUGCCGAAGAGGUACCUUUCAUUUAAUUUCGAUUUUGUUUUCAAAAUAUGCUAAAAAAUCGAUGGCAAGAAAUAUAUAUUUUGGCAUAUGGAA